AUGGCGGGGUUAGCGUCGGAGGUGCAGCAGAAGCUGGCGCAGGUGCUGUCCCUGUCAGCGCAGAACUACAUGCUCAAGAUCAGGGAGACUGUGCUGGAGCAGACGAUAAUCUCCUUAGACAGCUGUGCAGCGCAGGGGGCUCCAGGCGCGCCCCUCAGCAGCAGCCCCGCCAGCAGCGGCCCAGGGCCGGCCUUUGCAGCGGCCGCCACGCCGGGCGCAACCAGCAGCGGCAGCAGCUUCGGCGCCGCCGCCGCCGCCGCAGCCGCCGUGCGGCCCAACAGCGCGGCGGCGACCCCGCCGGCCCAGGAGGAAGUGUCGAGUGCUGCACCGCUGCAGCAGCACCAUCCCCCACACCAGCAGGAGCCGCAGCCGCGUUCCCAGGCGUUCCUGCAGCUUGCUGACGCGUUCCGCUCCCUCCAUGCCAAGCUGCUCCGCCUCGCGGAGGGCGCUGGCGGGGUGGCGGGCCGCGUGCAGGGCGUAAGUGGCAGCGAGGGCGGCGACGCCACGCGGCCGCUUGCGAGCCCCUUUCCCCAGCAGCAUGCGCUCCUACGGUUGUUUAUGGCGCUGAGCCCCGAGGAGAUGCACACUUUCAUAUCCACAAACAUGGACUCUGGGGAGGUGGAGAGUGUUCCCAACGAGAAGUGGCGCCAGGUGGCAGCAGCUGUGGAGCUCAGCCCUGAGCAAGAGCAGCGCGCCGGCGUCGCGUUCGACAACUUUUUUAGCAACAUGGACAGGGUGAUGGACGAGCGCCGGGACCUGCAGCGCAGCCUGGCGGACGCGAUGCAGAGAGCACAGCACGGCAACGCGGCAGCGGCGGCAUCUGCAGAGGGGCCGGCGGCCGACGCGGCAGGGGUGGCGGGCGAGGAGGGGGCCAGCAGAACGGAGGCGGCAGCCGCUGGUGGGGGCACGCAGAUCGAGGCGGCGGUUGAGUGUGAGGAGCUGCUGCACUUGCUCAGGAGCAAUAUGGUGCGGGAGGACCAGGUCUGGAAUACCAUGUCUUGGACCCUCAAGACCAUCAUCGAGCCAGAGCCGCUGGGGGCCUGCCUGCUGCAGAGCUGGUGCGGCGCCGACCCCAUGCGCAUUUGUGCCAUCCGUUUGUGCCGGCCCGCCGCGUAG